UUGGCUGAAGGAGAAAGGUAGCCCGCAGAGACUGCUCCUUCCUCCUCCUGCUCAGUCCUGUCAGUGGAGCGCAGACGGCGCACACACACAUGUUCCUCUCACACACUCCCACACACUCCUGCACGCGUGAAAGGUGCCACAGAGGGGGACUCACCGGAGGACUUUGGCUUUAGUGUGUGCGGGACUGACCGGAGCAUGAAUUUGCCAUUAAUAAGACAUCGAUCCACACUUCUCCACAGACCAAGUGCAGCUUCCAGGGGGAGAGCGGACGGAGGCAGGUUUUAAUGCAACAUCUUCCUCACACGGAGGGCGAUGCACCCGCCUCUUGAUCCGUAGUAAACUGUCACACUUCGUAUGUGCGCAAGAAAACACAGCGCUGGAUCCAUUUUUACGCAGAGCUGCUUUCUUGUUUGUUGCGCCGGGGUGAAUAUUUGGCUGCGGCGCGCAACGACGACGCGUGUUUGAGCGCAUUUUCCCAGUGAGACGGACUUACUGGCUCUGAGCGGAGUUUGACUCCUCGUCAUGAGGUGCGGCGGCGGCGGCAGCGCACAGACUCACAAACACGGAGGAAAAGUGCCAAGAUCCUCACCUGAGAUGCGGACCGUGUCCUGGCUUUUGCUGCUUCUCCUUGUGGAUCUCACAGUGGCUCAAGAUGAGGAUGACUUCAUCGGUCUUGGUGAUCUGCCGGAAACCUUCCCGUCAGACCCCCCGGAGCCCCUGCCCGUGUUUUUGAUGGAGCCGGAGGAGGCCUACAUUGUCAAGAACAAGCCGGUCAACCUAUACUGCAAGGCCACACCCGCCACCCAGAUCUACUUCAAGUGCAACAGCGAGUGGGUUCACCAGAAGGAGCACACUGUGGAGGAGCGGGUUGACGAGAACUCCGACUUGAGGAAGACGUUUGACCAGGAACCUCUUGGGAAGGAAGUGUCGCUUGAACAAGAAGUGUUGCUCCAAUGUCGGCCACCUGAAGGCAUCCCAGCUGCUGAGGUGGAGUGGCUAAAGAACGAAGAGGUUAUUGAUCCCGCCGACGACAGAAACUUCUACAUCACCAUUGACCACAACCUGAUCAUCAAGCAGGCGCGUCUCUCCGACACGGCCAACUACACCUGUGUGGCGAAGAACAUUGUGGCCAAGAGACGCAGCACCACCGCCACAGUUAUUGUCUACGUGAAUGGCGGAUGGUCCACAUGGACGGAGUGGUCGGUGUGUAACAGCCGCUGUGGCCGUGGUUACCAGAAACGCACACGCAGCUGUACCAACCCAGCGCCACUCAACGGCGGUGCCAUCUGUGAGGGGCAAGGCAUCCAGAAGCUGGCGUGCAACCCACUCUGCCCAGUGGAUGGCCUGUGGACAGAGUGGAGUAAGUGGUCCACCUGUGGGACAGAGUGCACCCACUGGAGGAGGAGAGAAUGCAACGCCCCGGCACCCAAAAACGGGGGGAAGGACUGUGAGGGCAUGGUGCUCCAGUCCAAGAACUGCACCGAUGGGCUGUGCAUGCAGAUGGCCCCCAGCACAGAUGACGUAGCUCUGUACGUGGGUAUUGUCAUAGCCGUGAUCAUGUGCCUGGUCAUCUCCGUCGUCGUGGCGCUCUUCAUCUACAGAAAGAACCACCGGGACUUCGACUCUGACAUCAUCGAUUCCUCUGCCCUGAACGGCGGCUUCCAGCCAGUCAGCAUCAAGACGGCCCGUAAAGCUGAGCUCCUGACAGCGCCACCUGACCUGACCUCGGCAGCUGCCAUGUACCGCGGCCCUGUCUAUGCCCUCCAUGAUGUGGCCGACAAAAUCCCCAUGACCAACUCCCCUCUGCUCGACCCGCUCCCCAACCUGAAGAUUAAGGUGUACAACUCCUCGGGCUUAGUGACUCCACAGGACGACCUGGGAGGGGAGUUCUCCUCCAAACUGUCUCCUAAGCUGCCGCACUGCCUCCUGGACAACAGCGACAGCACGAUGGGUCGUCGUACGCAGACCCAGACACUGCUCCGCACCAGGGAUCCAUCCUGCACCGCUCUGGGCUCCUUCAGCUCCCAGGGGGGACACCUCAUUGUGCCCAACUCAGGGGUGAGUCUACUAAUUCCAGCGGGGGCCAUUCCUCAGGGCAGAGUAUAUGAGAUGUAUGUGACGGUUCAGAGGAAGGACAACAUGAGGCCCUCGGUGGAUGAUGGUCAAACUGUGCUGAGCCCCGUGGUGAGCUGCGGGCCACCUGGGGCCCUGUUGACUCGGCCCGUCAUCAUCACCAUGCACCACUGCGCCGUGUUUGACGGCCAGCAGGAUUGGCUGAUCCAGCUCAAGAACCAGUCGCCGCACAACCAGUGGGAGGAUGUGGUCGUGGUCGGGGAAGAAAACUUCACCACGCCGUGCUACAUCCAGAUGGAUGACGAGGCCUGCCACAUCCUGACGGAGACGCUGGGCACCUACUGCCUCGUGGGCCAAACUCUCAGUGCCGCCACCAUCAAGCGCCUCAAGCUCGCCAUCUUCGGCCCUGUCACCUGCCCCGGCAUGGAGUAUCACAUCAGAGUGUACUGCCUGGACGACACGCAGGACUCACUCAAGGAGGUCCUGCAGAUGGAGAAGCAGAUGGGCGGGAAGCUGCUGGAUGAACCAAAGACUCUCAACUUUAAAGACAGCACUCACAAUCUGAGACUCUCCAUCCACGACGUCCCCCACACACUGUGGAAGAGCAAGCUGCUGGCCAAGUAUCAGGAGCUCUCCUUCCAGCAAGUGUGGAGCGGCUCACAGAGGAACCUCCACUGUUGCUUCACCCUGGAGCGGUUCUCCUCCUGCACGGUGGACCUGGCCUGUAAGAUUUGCGUGCGGCAAGUGGAGGGAGAAGGACAGAUUUUUCAGCUGGACACUACCCUGUCAGAGGAUUCCCAGAGUAUUGACACGUCCCUGCUGGACCCCGCCAGUAACAUCACCACGCUCAUUGGGCCCAACGCCUUCCGCAUCCCCGUGUCCAUCCGGCAGAAGCUGUGUGGCAGCCUGGACGCACCACAGACCAGGGGCAACGACUGGAGGAUGUUGGCCCACAAACUUAAUCUUGACAGGUAUCUCAACUACUUCGCCACCAAAUCCAGUCCUACGGGAGUGAUCCUGGAUUUGUGGGAAGCCCAGCAUUUCCCAGAUGGCAAUCUCAGUCGCCUCGCUCAGGUACUGGAGGAGAUGGGACGUCAUGACAGCCUUGUUCCCACAGUGACUGAGCACUGACAUCUGCCCACCAGGGACUGUGAAAUUCCAGGGAGGAAGAAGACAUAAACAGAAAAUAAGGGUGGGGGGACGCCUGAAAGCAGGAGAGAAUCAUAUUGGCAUCGCGGUAACAAAUGCAUGCACACGCUCUCAGACACUGUGUGUGUGUGUGUGUGUGUGUGUGUACACUCAAAGAAGAUAAAACAGCUAGGUCUACUCAGCCAUGACCCAGUUAAACAUUGGCAACAAAGGGUGUAAAAACUUGGAAGGGUAAACAAGAAUCUGUGCCAGUCAUUUUUCUCUGGCUGUUCCUCUCGCUGGUAGAACAACUCGAUAUUUUUGGCUCUCGUAUCGUUAGAAACCGUCGUCCGGGUGAUGCACCGGCCGACAGUCUGACACACGACCCGAGGUCAAAGGAUACAAGGAGCAGACGGCUCAGAUCAAACGAAGCAUCUCUCGCUCUCCGUAAACCGGUCUCCAUAGCAACUCCAAGGAGUAUGUGUUCUGUGAUAACAUUGUAUUUAAUAAUAUGUCUAUUUAUACAUAUCUUUUUUUUUUUGUAUUUUAUGCUGCCUGUUAGGGAAUACUUUGUAGUGUCCUCACAUUAUUUUUUAAAUUUCUUUUUUCCAUUAUGUUUGACUGUAUCAUAGCACCCCCUGGUGGACUCUGGCAGUAACGACUCAUCCUGCCAGCCACAUUUUCCAUGUACAGAAGGAAGUCGAUGAUGUAACCGUUUUACCAUUUUAGUGUUGCUGUUGUAACUAAUAUUAAUUAAUUAUUCACGUUAUGUAUAAUUAUUGAUUUUUUUUAAGUAUGUGUACAUCUUUUUAUUUGCAAGUCUUUAAAAAUAUCUUCUUUAAGUUGAAUUAGAUUUUUUAAAAUUUUAUUUACAUUCUCUGUUUUUAUUUUUCUUUGUUGUUGUUUUAAAUCAGGUCAUUUGAAAGAUUCAACCAGUCUAUCACCCGUUAAUAGAAGCCAAUCAACAUCACAUUCCCUAACGGACUCUAACUCACGACUGACGGUGACGAUAUGUUUGUUGUUCAAGUGACAUGAACGAGACCAGGCAGAGGUGAUAGGUGGAAACUGUGGAGAGGGGAAUCAAAAAAGUAUAUUUUUGUAGGACCAAUGCAACUGAAUACAACUGCUUUGUACCAAAAACUUGACAUACAGUGUGUGAGAUUAAAUUUAAUACACAAGGUGAUCAUCUAAAUGUCCAACUGUCAUUUCAAAAAGAGACGUUUUCCACCUUCAUGUGCAGUUUUGGACGAGAUCGGAGAUCUGCACUUGGAUUUCUGUGGUUGUACAUUAAUGACGGAAGCCAUCGAUAUUACGACACUGACUCUGUGCAUAAAAAAAUUGCUGUAAAUGCAACAUUCCUUCGAUUCAGCAGCACUCGUGAUUGUCCAAGUGGUCUUAAUUGAUUUUUUUGAAUGGCAAUUGUCCCAGUUUUCGUUAAAAAAAAAAAAAAAAAAA